AGUCUUGUUCUUGCAUGAAUGUAAUGCGAAAGCCUUGAAUAAAUAGGAAAAAAAAAUCAACUCACUUCUCUUAAUUUUUUUCUGUUUAGGGGGGUUUAAUUCAAUCAAGAGUUAGCCAGUUUGGUUUUCAAAUGUCUUACAAUAUAUCUGUUCCGCCUGAUACAUUCAAUGAGCACUUCCUGUUUGAUCUUCCUUUGGUUCCUCUCUACGAUUCCUCAUCCGAUUACAAUCUUCAAUCUUUGAUGACCCAACGAAACCCAAUUGACGAAUCCAAUUGUUCAGACCAAUUGGUUUCAGGGUCGCCAUUAACGGACCAGCUUGAAAAUCUCAGCCUUUAUCAAACUACCCACUUUCCAUCUUUCUCAUUUGAUCCAAAUGCAGCAAAUGAGUACCAAAGUUCCAGCAGCUUGAGUUUUCCGGCUGUUAAAAAUGAAGAAUCUCCAGUGGAUUUCGAUUCUGCUUUUAAUAUUGACAAUGUAGCAAAUUACUUGCAAAGGAGCUUUAGUAGCAAUUCUUUCGAAACAAAGCCUAACUUUUCGUUCCAAACCGCUCCUAAUUCUCUGAUGGAACCCCAGAAUUUUCAAGGCCAAACCGCUUUCAGCUUGCCGGAAAAUACCUUUUUCGCCACACAUAUGAGGAAGGUUUCCAGCACCGGCGAUUUAGAGAAUAUGAGAAACGUGAAUGACAACCAAAGGUCGACUAUAGAGAAUUCGUUAAUAGAAGAAGUACCGUUCAAAGUAGGACGAUACAACCCAGAAGAGAGACAAGAGAGGAUUUCAAAGUACAGAGCAAAGCGUAAUCUAAGGAACUUCAACAAAACAAUUAAGGUUUUCUCAACUUUUUUCAAUGAUUAUUAUUAAUUACGACAUUAAUUUGUUUUUGAUUGUGUUCUAAACUAGUCAUUACGGUUUGGUUUGGUUUGGUUUAUGUUUGAUUGCAAAGUAUGCAUGCCGUAAAACACUAGCAGACAAUCGUCCUCGUGUACGAGGCCGGUUCACUCGCAACGAUGACACUGUUGAGACUCCGAAACUCCCAUGUAAUUCAACUAGAGACGAAGAUGAAGAUGAGCUAUGGGCGUUACAUGAAGUGGAGGAUGAAAUCAUGGGAAGAGCAACAUUUAUCAAUAGUUUUAGUCAACAAAAUCAGUUUCCAUAUCACCAUGGUUGUUUCUGAUAUAAGAAUACUGAGAAUCUCGUUUUCAGAAUAGUUGAAAUAUUUUAAUUUCUUUCAAGAAAAAAUAUUUCUGAUUGUAAUAUAAGAUUCUACCAAUCAAACCUGCUCGUUACCUUAGAGUAUAUUUUUAAAAAAUAAAAGGUAUCAAAAUUUUGAAGUCACUGGCGCAUUUGUUUCUUUAAUGAAAUUG